UUAGUUGUGUUGACUUGGAGUUUGGGGGCCUAAAGAAAGAAGGAAAAUAUGGGGAGAUCACCAUGUUGUGAGAAAGAAGGGCUAAACAGGGGAGCCUGGUCUGCUUUGGAAGACAAAAUCCUUGCUGACUACAUUAAUAAAAAUGGCCCAGGAAAAUGGAGAGAUCUUCCUAAAAGAGCUGGACUGAAGAGAUGCGGGAAGAGUUGCAGGCUUAGAUGGUUAAAUUAUCUGAGGCCAGGUAUUACCAGAGGCAACAUUUCCACUGAUGAAGACGACCUCAUUGUGCGACUGCAUAGACUCUUGGGUAACAGGUGGGCCUUGAUUGCUGGAAGAUUACCUGGACGAACAGACAAUGAAAUUAAGAACUACUGGAACACUAAUUUGAGAAAGAGGGUCAACAACAUCAAUAAUAUCAAUAUUAAUAUUAAUGUUAAAGGAACAUCCUUAGAGGAGCUUAUGAAACCGUCCACAGAAAGAUCAUCGAUACCUCAUCAUCAUCAUCAUCAAUAUCAUCAUCAUCAUGAUGAUUCUAUGAAUGCACACGUUAUCCGUACAAAAGCAGUUCGGUGCUCCAAGGUUGUUACCCCUUCUCCUAGUUCAAGUUGGUUACUACUGAAUCAUCAUCAUCAUCACCAUCACGAGGACCAAAUGAUCAUGGUCGAUCAAAGUUCAGUUCCUUCGUGGGAAAUUAAUAGUAGUGCUGAUGAUAAAACCAAAAGUAAUUAUAAUAGUACUACUUCUACUGCUACUGCUACUGCUACUGCUUCUUCUGACAUUAACAACGUUAUUUAUAAUAAGUCUUCUGAGUUUUUGAUGGACUUGGACUUGGACGAGAUCUUCAUGUCGGAUAUUGCUGUUUUGAACCCCAACGACGAGUACGACCACCGAGCCAAAAAUGUAGCGACGUCGUCGACUGGCCAAAUAAGUCGCCCUGUUGACCAAAAUAUCGCUAACUACUAUUUUGAUGAUCACUUGCCACCACUUAGUGACCUUUAUUUCGAUCAAGCUGUAGUACCAGAUUAUAAUAUUCAAGGCUUGGAUGAUAUUCUUAAUGAAAUUUCAUGUUUUGUCAAUUCCGGGGAGUGUGGCAAUUGA